AACUGAUUUAAGGUUUAGAAAAACUAAGAAAAUGUCUUGAGGGUUUAUACAUUUUUUUUGAAAGGGUUGAAAAAAAAAACACUUGCAAAAACCCGCCAGGUUCUCAUUCGAGGGGGAAAAUCCCUCUCUCUACAGCGUCACCGAGCUUCUCGUGUUCCUCCGCCGCCGGAAAGUUUGAAGUAGAAGAACUUACGAUCUCUUAUACUCUCCUCUGUUCGUUUCGUAUUCUUAAGCUAUGGAAACUGAUGAGGCCGAAAGCGUCAUUCCCUUUCAGCUUCAAUUCGACAAACCCAUGCCCUCUCAGAUUAAGAUAGCUGAGUGGAACCCGGAGAAGGAUUUACUUGCAAUGGUUACUGAGGACUCGAAGAUUGUGCUGCAUCGCUUCAAUUGGCAGAGAUUGUGGACUAUUUCGCCUGGAAGGCCGGUUACUUCUUUGUGCUGGCGUCCUGAUGGUAAAGCCAUAGCCAUCGGCCUCGAGGAUGGAACUAUUGCACUUCAUGAUGUCGAGAAUGGGAAGUUAAUGAGGAGCUUAAAGCCUCAUGCUGUCGCUGUUGUUUGUCUUAACUGGGAGGAGGAUGGACAAUGUCAUAGGGACGACAUUGGGAAUUUCUCGGUGUACGAGGACCGUACCUCCCGUUUUUUCCCUCCUGCUCCAAGGGCUCCUCGGAUACCAGGACUGGUAUCUGGUGAUUCAAGUUUCACGGAUGAUGGGGAAGACUCUUUGGCAGAAUUAUCAAGCUCCUCAUUCCGGAAGUUUAAUAUUCUUUGCAGUGGAGAUCAGGAUGGGAGCAUAUGCUUUAGCAUAUUUGGAAUAUUUCAGAUAGGGAAAAUUAACAUACACGAGUUAUGUGUUCCUGUACCUCAUCUGGAUGAACAUGCCUCUUACAAGCUUUUCAGUGCUUCCAUUUACAAGAUUGCUUUGUCAAAAGACCUUUGCCGCCUCGUUGUCAUGUGCUCAGGAGGACUUAAAGCUUGUGAUAAUGAGUCAAGAAAGGGAAAAAUCUGUGUUCAAGAUUUGCGUGGUUUGCAUUGCCUUGCUAUGGACACAUCUAUAUUUCGAAAGAGGAAAAAUGAGCUUCAUCAGGUCGCUCAGCAAGCUUCUAACAUCGAAGAUUUGACCGAGGUUAUCCGAGCAUCCCUGUCUGUUAUGAGCAAGCAAUGGUCAGAUGCCAUGAAAACUUUUCACGACAAGUUCAAUGCCUUUUCUACUUUAAUAAUAAAUAAUGGACUGGACUCAUCUCCCCAAGAAGAAUUUCUUAGCCUUCUUGGCGGUGCUAGAACUAGUCCAGCACUUAAUCAAUUUUUAGUUAACUCUCUCGGUGAAGCGGGUGUGAAGCGUGUCUCAAAGUCAGUCUGCGGUACUGGAAAAGAGCUUCAGCUGAUUGUCCUCGACCAUCUUCAGCCUGCAGCAGAAAUUAUUGGAUUCAGGAUGGGUGAACUAAGAGGUCUCUCAAGAUGGCGUGCACGCUAUAAAGACAUUGGUUUGGAUGAGAAGCUCCUAAACAGAGCAACUGAAAAUGCUGGUCUUCUGCUUGUUCAAGUGGAACGGUUUAUGAUGGUACUAGCUUCUGUUGUCCAGCAGUUUUCAAAUUUCUUCAACUGGCUGCUCAAAAGCAUAAAAUAUCUUAUGCAAGAACCAAGUGAUCAGCUUUUGUCAUACAACAGUGAGCUCCUUGUGAUAUUCUUGAAGUUUUUAUAUGAUCAAGAUCCUGUGAAAGACCUCUUGGAGCUGUCUGAAGUUGAUCAUGAAAUUGAGAUUGAUGUCAAAACUAUUGAAAGAAUCAAAGAGUUAGUUCAGUUUGGAGGUUUCUCAGACAGCGAUUUUCUGCGGCGAACAUUGGCCAAGGAAUUCCAGCAGAUGGAAUUCAGUUUCAAGAUGGCUCUUCAAAUGCCCUUUACGUCAGCAUCAGGGCAGAUAUCGUGUAUGAAGUUGUUGUCACUUUGCCCUCUUCACCUGUCAACAAUGCAGAAGCUUACAACCAUUCCCAUGUCCAUUUCCUUCUACAAGAAUGAACUUGCUGAUGAUACAACUGGUCAAUGUGGAUACACCGAUUACAUAUCCUUUCAAGUUCCGGAUGAAGCACUCCCAGAUAUUGAUAACUGUAUCGGUGUAGCUAGGGGUUUUAUGCAUAACACCAUCAACGAAGAAAAUGGUUAUACCUCUUUGGAAGCUGUUUUAUUAUCUGUACCUGACGGUUACCACUGUGUUGAUUUGUCCCUCUACAAGGAUAGUGAACUGGUUUUGUUACUGAAUAAAACAAGCAUCAAUCCUGAAGGCGCUGGAGAAGCCUGCAUGAUGGUUGUGCAAGCUGGUGAUCUUCCAUUCAUUUCCAUUUCCAGAUCUAGUUGUCCAAACCUGUGGGAGCUAGACCACCUAAAGGGCUCUGUGGUUUACCUGCAAAUGGAGAAUGAAAAGGUUCGGAAAGUCCCACACUCUACUGUUGCUCCCCUUGCGGUAAGCGCAUCAAGAGGAGUAGCUUGCGUGUUUGCGGAGAGAAGGCGGGCACUCGUAUACAUACUGGAAGAAGAUGAAGAGGAAGAAAUCUUGGCCGACAGAUAAGACAGGCUUUUUUAACAUAAGAACAAUCACUGGUUUCAAUCUAUAAAUCCAGACCCCUUUCUGUCUCUGCAACAUUCUGACAUAUAUGCAUACAGAUCUACAUCACUGUUA